AUGUCCAAUCGUUAUUCCACCUAUUCGAGCCACUCCGCUGGAUUUUCCACCGGAACUCAUCAUGCCCCGCAGCCUACUGGCCCGGUGUCCACGACGACCUUGCUAAACGCCCUCCAUGUAUCCUACAACGCCGGACAGCCCUAUCCGCUGGAUGCGAGCACGAGUUUGGUGCUGAAUUCGUGGUUCACCGCGACCCAGACUACCCCGGACGGUCACACCGGGGGAAUCAUCGAUCGCGAGUUGGCCGUUAGGGCGUGGGAGCAUGCGCGACGGAGAGCGGAGGAUGGUUGUAUCGUGCUUUGCUCGACGCAUCAAUCCACCCCCUCCGUAUUCGAACCAUUUCUGGCCGCACUCCCGCUCUCCACACCGAGUAUCACUUUCACCGCGCUCGCCGCCCUGCGACCCUUUCUCUCAGCGGUGACAUCUUUCAACCCGUCCUACUCCCUCUACUCCGCUCUGUCAGCUUGCUUCUCCUUCACCUUGAAGGGCGACAUCGCGGGGUUGACCCUCGCGCUCUCCACCUCGGGCAUCAACGUCGAAAAGGGUCUCCUCAACGUCCCCAGCGAGCCCGGGUACCGUGCCUUCGACGUCUUUUACUACCUCCUGACGUCUGCGUCCACGCAAGCCGAACGGGAGUUCCUCGAUCUCAAAGAACCCUCUGCCUAUGCACUCCUCAACAGAUCCGGGACCUUCACGCCGCCGUCGUAUGUCCCCACCGCCGACGACGCCGCCGCCGCGGAGGAUUUCAGAGCUGCCCUCAAGGCACUCGGCAUCAAAGGCGCUGCGCAGCGUGGACUGCUGUCGGUCCUUGCUGGGCUGCUGAAGCUGGGAAAUGCGGCCGGCUACGUGGCCGACCAGGAAGAGCUCGAGGAGGCAUGCGAGGAUGUCGCCGGCCUGCUCGGAUUAGAUCCCGAAAUCCUUCUGAACAAGUGCUCCACCGAUGAACGUCAGGUGCUGAUUGCCGGCAUCUACGAGGCGUUGGUGGACUGGGUCAUCGGAAAGGCGAACGAGGCUAUUGCCAGCGAACUCCAGGACCAUGACUCCAGCCACAGUGGCUCGGGCCCGACCACCCGCGUGUCCGACGAGGACACCGUGAGUGUCACGGUGGUCGAGAUCCCCCGACCCGUUCUCGGAAAGGCUGUGUCCCUGAGGAACGUCUUCAACGAUGACGUUGGUAUCAACGCGGAGAUGAAGGAGGACGGUGUUCCGGUUCCCCCGGUGGGCCAAGCAAUCACUACCGACAUGUCCGCUGCCGUGGGACAGGUGGAGGCGGAUCUGGGCAUCACCACCGGGCCGGUCUGGCACGAGCGAGAGUACGAGCUCGACAAGAGACAACAGGUUCUCGAAAAAGUCGGACUGGAGGUCGAGACCGACGCAUUCCUCCGCCAGCUCCUGUUCCCCGUCGAGUCUGAAGGCAUCACACUCGGUCGGAAAGGCCGGUUCGAUCUCGCCGCCACCCUCGGGAGCAGCCGCGUAUGGCAUCACGUCUCGAUCCACCCGACCGAUGACCUGCCGGACCGCCUCAACACCACCGCGCCGACGGCGUCGUGGACGGCCGGUGCCGUGUCUCGCCAGAUCCGCGAGUGGAGACUGGCGGAGUGGGGUAACCGUCGCCUCAAGCAACUCGACUUCACGGCCGACUUCGACACGGACGAGUUCGUCGGUCGCUACGCUCCGCUUGGCUGCCCCGAGGGUCGGGAUGGGGUGGAGAGCUGGCUAGUGGAAAAGGGAUGGACCAACGGGGAUGCGCUCGUGGGCCACCAGCGGAUCUGGAUGAGGGAGAACGCCUGGUGGGAAGCCGAGACUAUGCUCGAUCUCAAAGGAGAAGAGCAACCGAUCACCAACCCCUUCAUGUAUGGCAGCGGCAUGUUGGACAGCGGUGUGCAUAACAGCUAUGCCGCCAACAUGGUCCCCGAAUCGACUAGUCUCCUGGGGAGCCGCGAUAAUCUCCUCCAACGGCACAGCACCAUGGCCCCCAGCAUCGGGAUGGGCGCCAAGUCGAUCGCCCCCAGUCUGCCUCCGACCGUGAACAUGGGCGGUGACUACGGUCUGGGCGCGAAGGGCGACGACAAGAAGUGGGACAGUCACGCGUACUACGACGAGAAUGGCCGGUACUUCGGGGAGUUCGACCCGGAAUUCGGAGAUCCCAAGCACAUCGAGAAGAAGGAGAUCACGGUAGGCCGACGCGUGUGGACCAACUUCGUGUGGGCGUUGACCUUCUGGAUUCCCUCCUUCGCGCUCAAGUGGGUCGGACGGAUGAAACGGCCGGAUGUGCGCAUGGCAUGGCGAGAAAAGUUCGUCCUGGUUGCUCUGAUCCUCCUCUUCAAUGGAAUGGUCUGCUUCUACAUCAUGGCCUUUGGCGACCUCCUCUGUCCGAACAAGGACAAAGCCUGGAACGAGAAAGAAGUCGGCUGGCAUCAGGGCGAUAAUGAUUUCUACGUCAGCGCCCACGGCAAGGUUUACGACAUCAGCAAGUUCUGGAAGAUCCAACACAGCGACAACUCGAUCGACACGGAUUCAACGAACAUGCAGCCCUUCGCGGGGACGAACGUGGAUGCUUACUUUCCGCCCCCGCUCACUCGAUUCUGCGGCGCAUUUGUGGACGAUGAGGCGAUUGCCCUGCAGCCGAAUGACACGGAGGCCAUGGUCUAUGGUCAUGCGAAACACGACUGCGGACCCCGCAACCAGCCCAACCCGAAGACCAAGCUAAACGACAUCCGGUGGUACGAGAAGAGGUUCCUGCCCAAGAUGAACGACUACUACAAGGGCGAUCUUGUGUGGACGCGCGACGCGGUGAAGAAGCAAGCCGACACGCGGGCCCGGGCCUGGGUGAUUGUGAAUCAAAAGAUCUACGACCUGACGGACUAUUUCCACACGCUGAAGAUCAUGAACAACAUCGACAGCUACAAGUUCCUGCCCACCCCCGUGACAGAACUGUUCAGGAACCACCCCGGCGAGGACGUCACGAGCAAAUGGCAGGAUACGCCGGAUUUCCAAAAGGCGCAGACCUGCCUGGACUACGUCUUCUACAAGGGCAAACUGGAUUUCCGCGAAGGCCCCCGCUGCCAGGUCAACAACUGGAUCUUGCUUGCAUUCACUAUUCUCAUUUGCGCCGUCAUCGUCGUCAAGUUCCUGGCCGCUCUCCAGCUGGGAUCCAAGCGACGCCCGUCGCCGCAGGACAAGUUCGUCAUCUGCCUCGUGCCCGCGUACACGGAAGGCGAGGACGCUCUGCGGAAGGGACUGGACUCGUUGACCGCUCUCCAGUACGACAACAAGCGCAAGCUCAUCUACGUCGUGUGCGACGGGAUGAUCGUCGGUGGUGGCAACGAUCGCCCCACGCCCAAGAUCGUCCUGGACAUCCUCGGCGUCGACCCGAAGAUCGAUCCCCCAGCGCUCCCAUUCAAGUCCAUCGGCCAGGGCAGCGACCAGCUCAACUACGGCAAGGUCUACUCCGGCCUCUACGAGUACGAAGGCAACGUCGUGCCCUACGUCGUAAUCGUCAAAGUCGGCAAAGAAUCCGAGCAAAGCAAACCCAAGCCUGGAAACCGCGGCAAGCGUGACUCCCAGAUUCUGCUGCUCAACUUCCUCAAUCGUGUUCACCACCGCGCGCCUAUGUCCCCACUCGAACUCGAGAUCUUCCACCAGAUCAAUAAUGUGAUUGGUGUCGACCCCGAACUCUACGAGUACUGUCUCAUGGUGGAUGCCGAUACGAGUGUCCGGGAAGAUUCGUUGAAUCGGUUGGUUGCUGCUUGCGCCAAUGAUGCCCGUAUUGCGGGUAUUUGCGGUGAGACUAGUCUCCAGAAUGAGGAGCGGAGUUGGUGGACUAUGAUUCAGGUCUAUGAGUAUUAUAUCUCGCAUCAUUUGACCAAGGCUUUUGAGUCGCUGUUUGGCAGUGUUACCUGUUUGCCGGGAUGUUUCUGCAUGUACCGCCUGCGAACCGCCGACAAGGGCCGACCGUUGAUCGUAUCGGACAAACUGGUCAAGGAAUAUGCGGACAACGACGUGGACACGCUGCACAAGAAGAACCUGCUCUCUCUGGGUGAGGAUCGCUACCUGACCACCCUAAUGACCAAGCACUUCCCCACCAUGUCGUACAAGUUCAUCCCCGAUGCAUACGCCAGCACCGCCGCCCCAGAGACCUGGUCUGUCCUCCUCUCCCAGCGACGACGGUGGAUCAACUCGACCGUGCACAACCUGGUCGAGCUGGCCGCGCUCAAGGAUCUCUGCGGCUUCUGUUGUUUCAGCAUGCGAUUCGUCGUCCUGGUGGAUCUGCUCGGAACGGUCAUUCUCCCAGCCACCUGCGUCUACCUGGGCUACCUCAUCUACCGCGUAGCCAGCCACACGGGCCCACUCCCCCUGAUCUCCAUCUGUAUCCUAGCCGGCGUGUACGGUCUGCAGGCAAUCAUCUUCAUCGUCAAGCGCCAGUGGCAGCACAUCGGGUGGAUGAUCAUCUACAUCUGCGCGUACCCGAUCUACAGCUUCAUCCUGCCGCUGUAUUCCUUCUGGAAGCAAGACGAUUUCAGCUGGGGCAACACGCGCGUCGUCAUCGGCGAGAAAGGUUCCAAGCGCGUUGUCGCAGUCGAAGACGAAGUCUUCGACCCCCGCAGCAUCCCUCUGCAGCGCUGGGACGACUACGCCAUGGCCAACAACCUCCCCGGCCGCCGCGGCGACUUCGGCGGCAGCCAGGAGAAGGUGUACAGCGGGCGCUACAUGGACGACAUGGCGAUGGAAAUGGACGACAUGCACUCGACGUACUCGUCCGUGAAACCCGCCUCGACAAUCCUCACCGGCUUCCCAGGCCAAUCCCGCAACGUGAACCCCUACAUGCCGCCCCAGUCGCCAAUCCCCUUCGGCGCCAACGUCCCCGGCAACAGGCACUCGCAUAUGUCAAGCUUCUCACGCUACACAGACCAGCCCUUCCUCGGCCACCAGCCGCGCCAGAUGUCAAUGGGCCACCUGAGCCAGUUCCAAGACGGAGGCAUGAACCCCAGCCGCCACAGCGUGGGCCUCAUGCAGAGCACAGACAACCUGCUGGGCCGGCCCAACUCGCGCAGCCCCGUCCCGGGCGGCCGACCCGUCAGCGCGUUCGACUUCCGCACCGGUGGCGGGCCGGACGAGGGCGCCAUCACGGAUGCGAUCCGGGGGUGUUUGGCGGAGGUAGAUCUCGACACGGUGACUAAAAAGCAGGUGCGGGCCUUGGUGGAACAGCGCCUUCAGACUACGCUGACGGGCGAUCGACGGGCGUUCCUCGACAGACAGAUUGACCAAGAGCUGGCCAAUAUGUAA